AGACAUCGUCUAGCAAACAGAGCGAUUGGAGCGAUCGCUGAAUCGAACAUUUGCGUAGAGUCAAGUGGCAUUUCGUGGAGGCGAUGGUUGAUGUGGCGUGAAGAGGGAGGAAGGUCGAGAAAUGAGGACGUCAGAUUAUUGGAUGGAUUGAUGGAGAUAGAGAAACAGUCUGAAGGAUUGGAGGGGGAGUAAUGAGCAGAUGGACAUUAUGAAAUGAGGCUUACAUUUCUCCAGUUUUAAUUCAGGCCUGUUCGUGAUAACCCAUAUGAUGUCAGAGAGAUAUUAGAGAUCUACUGUUGUUCAAACAGCUUGUGACCGUUGCUGCGAUGAGUCCAUGAGCGAGGGGGUAGGACGGAACCCCCACUGUCUAAUUUCUCAUCAGUGUUAAAUGCCCUGUGGAUUGCAGAUUCAUAUCAUCUCGCCACUGAUGAGAUCAUUAUGUAACCAGGAGAGGGGGCAUUGUUGUUAUCCUGUAAACCCUGCAAGCUUGCUGCUAUCGCUGAAGCUAAUUAUGUUCUAUGCGAGGUAGAAUCUCGUUGAAGCACGCGAGGCAAUCAUCUCCCGAGCUCGAUUGGGUUGGAUUCAUUCAUUAUUUGCUGAGCUAUCUCUGACUGGUGGUAUACCUCGCUUCCUGAUUGCUCCUUCGUUUAACCUACCCCACUUCUCCCAUUCGGUUUAUCUUUCCCUGCGCAGACACACCACCGCAGGUGAACAGCUUCGUCUUACGUUCCCAACAUCUUCAGAGAAACAAAGGCUUCAGCCUGGAUAAGAUUACCUCACUGAUAAACUUGACGGUUUGCCAGCAAGAAAAAAAGGGACCCCCUCAUCAAUAUUUUUGUGAUAUUGCAGGUGUAAAGGGGAUUAGGGAACCUGUCUUCAACCUAUAAAACCACUCAGGAUAUGAAGAGUUGAUUACAAGCGACGCACUGGAUGUAAUUUUUCAUCUGACGGGGCAAUUACUUAAAGCUCGACUUGAACCUGCGAAGCUCCAUCCGUUCUCUGUGGUCAUCGAGGCAGACACAUGGAAAAUAAAUUUCAGCCUAGGCUGCAUGUAUCUAUGUUCUUUAAGCAGGAAUGAUUUACAACAUUGGAUUUCAUUAUGGUACAUUGCUGGAGGAUAAAAGUAGGUGAGGAAAUGUACUCUAGAUGGAAUGACCUUCAGGUAAUGUUUUGACUUUGAGAAUGUUAUUGAAGGUUAUGGACUGGCCUUUCAGUAACUCAGGGAGAUGUUCAACAACGUCAGCAGACUUCAAUAAGCAAUCAAUUUUUCUCACCCAAUUUCUAAGUCGUGCCGCCAAAGUAAAAAAUGCAUAAGGAAUGUGGAUAUGUUUUACGCGACUUUGGAAAGUGAUCGAUUUGUCACCUCCUUGUUUACAUCAGAAAUGGAUGAGUAUUUUUCAUCUCGUCUGCGAAUUGUUUCCUUAUUUCACCUAUCAGAAGGCUAAUAACAAGAGAUAUAUUGAAGUGACGAUUACAGCGAAGGGGGAAAAAAGCAAUGGCUAGAAUCAAGAUUACAGCAGGAACUUGUCAUUUCAAAUGAGAGACCUUCUCUAAAUUGAAAUGACAGUUAGGGGAUUGGUAUGAUUGUCGGAGUGCUAUUUGCGGAACAAAAGCAAUUUUACAUCAUCUUGCCUCUCAGUUGACUUCAGAAAGAAAGAGGUUUGAGACGAUUUGUUUGAUUCUAAGCUUUAUUACCUUGGACCUGACGAUAAUGGGUUCACAGUGAGAGAGCCGUAAUGAAGUUCAAUUUGAAGAUAUAUACAGAUGUCUUCGGUGAGGAACCACAUCGCUUUGAUUGCCUGAGGGCUGAAGCUGUUUAGUGCAUUGUGAUUCGUUCUGCUGCAUUGUUACAGCUAAUAGAUAAAUGACAUUGAUGCCAUUAAUAAUAAAGGUUAUCAAACUUGAUAUGAUUUCAUCUCUAAUGAAGUCGUAUUAUUCUUGGCAAGGUACUUGUGACUUGGCAUUGCUUGUUAAGCUCAUCAAGGAAAUUUUUUUAGCUACGUCUGUCUAAUUCUAAAGAUAUUCUGCAGCCAUAAUAGAGGUAGCAUUGCAAAAAAUGGCUUUUGAGAACAGUACGCUUGUGUACCAGCGCAGAGCAGAGAUGUUUGACUCGGACUCGGACCAUCUGUCUUCGAGCGGCGAGAGCUCCCCACGAGAAGGAAUCGGCAAGUCUAUUGUUAUUCCUAACUUUGGAGCCGUCCAGCACAACCCCAACAAACGAAUCCCUCUUAUGGGCACCUGGAGACUUCACGAGAGUGUCAACAUCAGCAGAAGUAGGCAGAACUCUGAGAGGUCUUCCGGCGUUGAUUCUGACGCUGAUUUUGUCUUCCGUCACAAAAGCAAUGGCAUCGACGCAAGGUAUUCGGCUGUGAGACGGCUUCCUGUGAACGGUCACUGUGAAGGUGAUUAUGAAAAGGACAGAAAUGGUGACCGUUCCCAUAUGCCUGUUCCUGAGCGAAGGAAAGAGCAUCUCAAUGGACACUGUGGAUUAGACUUAAAAAAAUUUGAUGUGAAUGGCACUGCAGUUAGACCAGACCCACAUCUAACGAAUGGAAACCGCAAGGAAUACAGCAUCCUAAAUGGAAAUAAUGUGUACAUCAAUGCAACUACCACAGUAGGUGAAUGGUUAGAAAAUGGGCAUUUUGAUACUGGAGGAAACAACGGUAAGAAGCCCACUGUAGGAUAUUCCAAAAAGAACCCAAUCUUAUCGAUCAACAAUAACGUCAUAAAGGAAGACUUCCAUGCCAAUGGGAAAGUGAACUUUAACCAGGAUAGUGAUGAAAGCAGCCCCAUCUUCAUCCAAAGUUUAAAACUGGAUGAUAAUUUGAACAGAGGAAUUGCAUCCUUGCUGUAUUCUAACACCCCAUCCCUGACGUUCUGCCAAAGGAAGAGACUUAAUUUCAUGAAACUUUGUCUUCGGCGGAAUCAACCGUUCUACUUUCUGGAGAUGGCAGGAGAGAACGACAAGGUUCCAAGUCCUAGGAUGUUGAUGCCACGUCCAAACUCUGCUUUCAUCCCGAGGAUGGUGCCUGGUACCGGUUCAAAGGAACAUGGUGUCUCGGUCCAAAGCAGUCUUGACAGUGAUAACGAGGAUGUCUUCAAGCAGGUUGUCAACAUGCACCCCUCCGAUCAGUCCCUGGCGGACAGGGGAAUCCCCAACCGUAAGCUGCAGGCAAGGUACCAGGAAGCCAUGCUGAAGCUGGAGACCUUGAAGCGACAGAAUGAAGAGACACUGAAGAUGUAUGACCAGGCAAGGAAGGAUGCUGACUACUACUGCAAGCAGCACAGGACAGCCAUGAGCAAUGGGGAUCAGCUACGAGGUAAGCUCCAGGGGCUCCAGCAGGAGUAUGCGGAGCUGAUGUCUGAGAGAAACCAAGUGCAACAGGAGAUCAAUGAUCUUAGACAGAGAUAUGAUGAUGAUGCCAAGGAGUUGAAUGAACUCCGAAUCCAAAGUCGGGAAUUUGUGAGUGUCAUGGGACAACCUGAUGUGAAGAGGAUGUACGAUAUGGCCAUGGAUAGGUAUGAGACCCUGAAACAUGAGUAUGACAGUCUUCAGAAGCGGUACACCGACAUGAAGAGCUCCCAUGGAUCAGGAGUGAACAAAAUUGAAAGGUUACAGGAAGAUAAGAGUCAGUUACAACUUCAAAUAGACACUGCGGUGAAGGAGAGGAAUGCUCUGAAACAACAGUGUACAGGUGCAAUAAGAGAGUAUGAGAAAGCUCGCAGGGAGCUGGAAGAGCUUCGAAAGCAGGAGUACAAAGCUCAGCAGGAUAGCAGAGUCUUCAAACAAGCCAUCAAAAAGGCACAGAUGGAUCGUGACCAGGCUGUACAUGAACACCGUCUGGUCAUGAGUGAACGCGAUGAAGUCCACAAGGAGAUUGAAAAGCUCCAGGACGAAGCACAGCGGGAAUCUACCAGGCGAAAGGCUGCUGAGGAAAAACUUGCCACCAUGCAGAACGACUAUAGCCAUCUGCAUCAGAAACUCGUUGACACGUUGCGUGAGCAGGACCAAUCAGAAAAGAAAAUUAGCGAUCUGUCAGAACGCUAUCGCGUCAUGAUCAACAAUACCAUGAUGGCGAAGAAAGAACGCGAAGGUAUCCUUCAGGACCUCCGAAAGUAUGAAGAGGAGCUGCAGGUAGCACGUCAUGAGCGGAAGGAAGCCUUGGACCAGCUAGAGGAAGUCAAUCAGGAGAGGUACAAAGCCAAACAGGAACAGGAGAUGACCAACCAUGAGUACAAAGAAGUCAACAAGGAAGUGGAGUCUCUGAGAAGGAAGGUGGAUUCCUUGACUAGGGAACUUAAAGAAUCAGUACAGGAAUCAGAGAAUGCCAAGAGGUUACGAGAUUGGGCCUUUAUGGAGCGAGAUAAGAUCGUGGCUGAGAGGGAGAGUAUACGGGCCCUCUGUGACAAACUCCGUCGGGAACGCGACAGGGCAGUCAGCAACUAUGCAGAAGCUCUGCGCAAGACGGACGAUGUGGAAAGAAAGAAGAAUGAAGUCACAAAAGAACUCAACGAAGUCAAACAAAAUGUGAUACAGCAGGAGGAGAAGGAAGCUAGGAUGAGACAGCUGAUUGCUCCUCGUAGCCGAGACUCUGCCAUCGAUGCUGAUUCUCAAGAAUGGCAGAUGGAGUUGGUAGAAAUAGAAACUGUCAAGGAUGAUGGAGAUAUGACGAUGCUCGGCUUCGACAUCGGCGACUGCAACAAGGAUCACCAAUUUCCUGACGACUGCUCCGUCGUCAUCACGAAGGUCGACAAGGGCAGCGUGGCUGAUGGGAGAUUGAAAGUGAACGACUGUGUUGUGAGAGUGAACAAUGUUGAUUUGACCAAUGGGGGAGAUCGCAGUAUAGCCGUCCAAGCACUCCAAGCUGUCAAGAACAGCAGAGGGGUACUCAACAUGGUUGUUAAGCGACGCAGGCCCUCUAGCGUCCGUCAUCAUCCAGUCAAGCUGUUCUAUGGUGGCAAGGAACACGGCCUUGUCCUGGAUAAUGGCAUCUUCAUCAGCAGGAUAGUGGCUGGCUCUGCGGCUGCUAAAGAGGGCAGUCUUCUACCUGGUGACAGAAUAGUUUAUGUUGAUGGAUUCCUGGUGGAGAACAAGUCUGUCUCUGAAGUUGAAGAGAUGCUCUCAUCAAGCAACGAUUCAGUCAUGCUAAACAUUGUCAGGGUUACAGGGAUGUCAAUGUCAUCCAGCACCAGCCCGACAGUGGAAUCCAUCCAGAGCCAUGAGACAUCGUCAUCGAAGUCCAGUCUAACACCCUACCUACCCCCAAUGGAGGUUCCAGAACAGAAGUCGGACAGGAAUGGCAACCUUCAGCAGCCUCCAAGCGCCAAGGAUGAGGUCGUCCAACAAGCGCUUAGGGCGUUUGUCCAGCGCAGAGAGAGCAUGCAUUCGAGGGAGAGCAGUCAUGAGUCGGCCAACAGUGGUGAACAGACUCCACUUGCACUGUCCAGGCAGAAUUCUGUCAAGGAAAAAAUGCACAACCAAGACCCGAACCGCGACAAGAGGUUGACAGUGGGGGAUUAUCCGCAGAACUCGCUGAAGAGAAGUGAGAUUGGCCAACGUGAGAGUAGGAAGUCAUACUCCGGACGCGAAAUUAUGCCUUUAGAGUUUGGUCAUCCCAACGGACAAUAUGAUCUAAUGCGGCAUGUGGGAGGAGAGUUUGUUAAAUCACCUUCACCGGGUGUUGUAAUACAUCAUGAAAACUAUCGCAGGGAUGGGAACCUACGAUCGUAUCAUGGAAAUGAUUCAUCUCAUAGACCUCAAGACAGUGGCCGCAGAGAUGUUGCUCAUGUAAGUGAGAUUAAGAAUGAUGGACAGCCACUUACGAAUGGUGACCUGCGACCUCUCCCUGGUUCAAGGGAGGGUCAGGGGAAGAAUAGAACAUUUCCAAGAGAAGGAACCCGUGAGAGUCAUUUCAAUGAUGACUUUCCGCCAGUGCAAUUUGAUAGAACUGAUCCCCACAGGGAGAGCAUCCACAACCGGAAUGCUUCAAAAAGCUUGAAUCGCAAGAGAGAAUUCAAUGGAUGGAGCGAGCCUAGCCGCUCCUUGUAUCCCUCGCGGAUGCCUAACCACAAGCCUUCUUACGAGUCCAGUCAUUGGGAAGAGUGCAAAAAUGAAAGUGUACAUAGUAGUCAUGUUAAUGGGAAUGUGCAAGUAUCAAGAUCCAUAUCGCAGAAUUGUUCCCCUAGAGACUUCCAUGCCUCAUCGCCUCAUAUGCAGCAGCCAGUGCAGUCUGGUCACAUCCGUAGCUGGUCUAGCAGUAGCGGCCGUGACAUGGAGCCGAACUUUAAGCCUGAGGAAUAUGUUUCAUGUCAUUUGGACAGUGAUCAGGAGGAUAGCUAUCCUGACUGGGAUCAGAAACAGGCACAAAACAAUGUUUUUGCAGGAGAUGCUGAAAGCAAAACUGUGCCUGUCACACACCCCAAACAGCAAGUUCAUGUCAAGGAUCACAGUACUUGGCCCCGAUCUCAUGGGCCACCUGAUCCCUACAAUAAAGGACAUAAAAAACGUAGGAGGGGACCAAUUCCAGACAUGACCCAAAGGAACGAUAGUGUUGAAGCGAUUAUUAAGCCAACUCCUCCUAGUCGUACAUCAUCUUUCAAAGCCUCACUGAGACAUGUAGAACCGUCACCAACUUCUCCAAAUGGAUCAGAAUCUAGGAGGCAGUCAUCAAGUGCAGGUUCUGAGAUGAAGAGUCAAGGGUCACUCCAUUCAACACAAAGCACAACUGUUAAGGUUUCACCUAUCAACCCAUCAAGUCCUUUGAACAAUAUGCGCCAGAAUAACAUCAAUCAAAAUGGCAUCGACUCCCCAAAACAGAAUGGGUUCUUUCAAUUUGAUUCACAUCCUGAACACAGCAAGUUGUUUGUUUCCAUGACCAAAGAUGUUACCCAGGCUGUGGCCUUUCGUCCUGUCUCAGUUCCAUCUGUGCAGCAAAUCAAAUACUUACCCAGUGAAAGUGCAAUAGUGCCCCGAGUGGAGCCUCUCGUUCAUGCCACAUCUCCAGGAUAUUACUCCAGCAGACGGCCUCCAGAACCUUUCCAGAAUGUGAGAGCAGAUCCAGUGGUGACCGUUCCACCUUGGGACACCUCGUCUCUCCGGUCAGAGUCAGGAUCUUCUAACCACUACAACACCUGGUCCAGGCCUGCAGAAGCCCAGGUGAUCAUCCAGCCUACUGUACCGAGCUACAAAGUCAUCAGUCGUAAGCUGGAGUCGGCCAUCACCAACAACCGCUAUAUCCAGGACAGCCCAAACUACCAGCCACCAUCACCAGGAUUAUCUGACUUUGAUCCUUUCCCGAUGUACCCUAGGGAGCCGAUCACCCUCUCUAGGACAUCGUUGCCUGGAAGUGGGAGAGGACACCAGAUGUCCUUGAGUACUAGUUCUGAAUAUAGCACAACAUCUCUUCCUACCAAGUUUAAUAGGAUUCACUUUACUCCUAAUCCUCCUAGUCGGCCUAGUCCUGGACCAUCCAGCUCCUCAGAUAUUGCAUCUAUCAAUUCCGGUCACAGCAGUCCGACAUCACCUAGUGUGAUAGACGAUUCUCCAUACCUUUCACCAGCCGUCUCGGUUGAACCCAGUGUAACUGUCACUAGCCAAGGUGGACCGAACGACACUCGUCUGAUAGAGAUUGAGAAGACAUUGGAACCGGGUCUAGGAUUCAGUAUCAAGGAAGCCGGAGGAAUCUUUGUGAAUACCGUCACAGAGGGCAGUCUUGCUUACAGAGGGGGUCUCAAGUAUGGAGAUCAAAUUCUUGAGGUGAAUGGGAUCAAUCUACGUCGUGCGACCUAUGAGAAUGCAGUCCAGAUUCUCACGAGGGCUGGUAAUAGCAUCUGUAUCAAGGUGCAAUACAACAGGAAUAAAAUGGAAGAUGACCAGAGGAGCUCCAUGUGCUCCAGUACCCAGUCCACACCCAUUGCCUCACAGACCAGUACCAGGACUAACUCACCAACCCCAACCAUCACACCUCCCACACCUAGGGCUAGCAGAACACAAAGCAUCCUCUCUUCCUCGUCAUCUGUAAUGUUGAGUGAGCAACCAAGAUUUGUCUUUCUAACCAAAUGUGGAGGAAGCAUCGGGAUACGGAUGUACGGAGGUAACAAAGUGGGCAUCUUCGUCUCUGAGAUAGAACCUAUGAGCCCUGCUUCCAAAUCAGAUGGGCUCCUGGUCGGUGACCAGAUUCUAGAGUACAAUGGCGUUGACCUGAGAAAUGCGACUGCUGAGAAAGCCGCCAUAGAGCUUCAGAAACCAGCAGAAGGAAUCACAAUCUUGGCACAACAUAACCUCUCCAAAUUCAACAAGAUCCAGAACCAUAACUGUGAUGAGCUUUACAUCAAGGCUCUGACGGACUUCACUGCUGAAAAGGAAGGUCAGUUGUCUUUCAAGAAAGAAGAGGUCAUGAUCGUUGAGGACACCAUGUACAAUGGAUCCCUUGGUGUCUGGAUUGCCUGGCUUAUCAACCAAGAGGGAAAGAAGAGCAGGGGCGCCGGUGGACAGAUUCCCAGCAAGACUGCUCUCCACCGUGAGAUGGUUAGGCGUCGUCUUCUCUCAGAGGGCAUGCAGGAGGAGGAACUCCGGACCGCAUCCUCGAGACGGAGCUCCGGUCCUGCCAGACGGAGCUUCCUCAAACGCAAGAAGAAACAUCAGCAUAACAACUCCAAGGACAGUAGGGAACUCAGUGAAGGUUCCAUGACUGAUGUCCCUGUCCAUGAAGAUGCGAGCGUCCCUACUUACCUACGAGUGGAGCCUCUGGACAUGCACAUCAAAAGGCCUGUGAUAUUGCUGGGACCUUUGGUUGACAAAGUUGCACUGAAAAUGACAGAGGAAUCGCCCAACAAAUACGUCAGAGUUUAUCCAAAAAUAGUCCAAUCAGCUAGCCAUAUGUUAGAGAAGGAUGUUGAGAAUGGUCUAAUCUUAGACUAUCAGAGAAAAGAUGGAAUGUAUGAGGUCAUCAAUACAUCGGAUGUCAAAGACAUCUGUAAGAAGGGUUGUCAUUGUAUUUUGAAUGGUCUCAACCCGUAUGUCGCCGAGAGACUUCAGAGACUUCAACUUCAUCCUAUCGUCAUCUUUGUCAAGUUCAAGACAAUCAAGAACAUCAAGGAGCAGAAAGAUCCUCAUUUCCUGAGAGAAAGAGUGACUCACAAACAAGCCAAGGAACUCUUGGAGGCUGCCAACAAGAUUGAACAAGAUUUCAAAUCCCUCUUCUCAGAAAUUAUUCAAGGAGGAAACCUGGCUAGUAUAUCAACUCGUGUGAAGAACCUUAUAGACACCCAACAACGCAAACCUAUCUGGAUACCAUCGAGUCAACCUCUAUAGGGAGAACUGAUGUUCAGGACUGUUGAGUGCUUAAAGCUAAAUACAUUUUUGAUAUCAGUUUCAAAUCUGAUGGCAUAUUGCAGACAUGACCAUGAUAUCAGACAGAGCAAACCAAUAUCAUUCUUGCUUCAUCAAGUCAACCUCUAGAGGAAUAAUGACUGUUGAGUACUUAAAGUUAUUAUGAUUAAUGACAUCAGUUCAUAUCUGAACGUCUUGUAGACGUGAUUAUUAUAUCAGCCAAUAAGAGCUAGCAGACAUCAUUUUGUCAUUAGGAUAUUGCUUGUUGCAGAUACCACUUGAUCACAACUAAGGGACAUUAGCCAAUCAAAUCUAAAAGAGACAUCUUGCAGAUGGCAUCAUUCGGACAGCAGCCAAUCAAAGUAAGCAGAUUGCUGUCAGACAAGAGACAUCAGUCUGUACAUCAGACAAAUCUAACUCUUAAGUUGAUAUUAACCUUCAACAGUCUUGAGACGUCCAGCUCUGAUUGACCAAUCACAGUUUUCAGAUGUCACUCGUCCUUUGCCCAAUCAGAGUUUGAUAUCAGUCAAACUAAGCUAUCAGACAUCAAGCAAAGCUAUCAGACACAAACCAGAUAAAGCUGUCAGACAUCAAGCAGUCUAAACUAUCAGACAUCAACGCUGUCAGACAUCAGUGGAGCGUUUCAUCAACAUUUUCGUCCAACAAGUUGUCGGGUCUGACAACUUUCCUUGAUAAUGAUUGGCUGGGAGUUACUGUUACCAUAGUAACUGUAAGAUAAAUUGUCUGACAAGUCCUUCCAUGAAACGCCUUCAAGGUCAUUAAUGAUAUGGAUGAUGUUCAGAAUUUUUACUACUGUACCAGUAAAGUCCAAUGCCUGUUCUUAAAACAUGGCAGUAUAGAAUACUGUGAUAUGAGAUCUGGAUAAAAAAAAGAAUGAAGGGAACAAUUACUUUGGUUUUUUUUUUUUUUUUUGCAGAUUGGUUUUGUGAUAAAGCCAUCAUUGUUACCUUGAGACCACUGUGCAUAAGGAUUCUAAAGCUGCGGCAUGCGAUGAAGCUUGCAGGCGAUAUCCUGGGUCUCGUAACACAGAGGUUGGCAAUUCAUCGUAGUCUUGAUUUUCGCAAUUGAUUUUACACUGUAGUCAAUGCAAUCAAUUGUACAAAAAUGUUCUACAAUCAUUGCUAGCCUUUGUGCUACGGGAUCUUGGUAAGCCUGUCAGAUGAGGGAAUUUGUUUGAAAGUAAAGUCAGAUAAAUUUUGUUAUAAAUGGUUAUAACUAGUGCAUUUCCUGGAUUUGUCCUUUUAUUUCAUGUAGAAUUCUGUGUAGUUGAGAUAUCUCUGUUGAGUUUGAGCCUGACUUCCAUCUGAUGGGAUAAUGUACAUGUAUGAUGACAGUUUGAAGUCAUGAAACAGAAAAAGAUUUACUUUAGCAUUGGAAUUUGAACAAAAUAACUUCCCUACCAGUAGCAGUACAACUUACACUUCAAACCAGAUUGUUUUAAUUGCAGUAUUCAAAUUGUUUCAUUUUUUAUUUCAGAUUUUGAUUUGAUUAAACAAAUACAUUCAAUUUGAUUAGCUGAUGACUUCAUGCCCAGUUGUUUCUUCUGUGUAAAAAAUGAUAGAAAAACCUUGGUUAUUUAUCUGGACAUGAUUAUUGCUUUAUACUUAAUGAAUUUAAUAUAUUCGCUUCAAAAUAGCGUCACUGCCACAAUGAUACCAAUAUUUAAGUAGUAUUUUAAAACUGCAAAACUAUUGUAUUAACUUAGUUUGUAUCAAAUUCAUGGUGUUUGUUUUUUGGUCAAGAAAUACUUUUUUUUUUCUUCAAGCAAGAAGUUUUGCAUUCCUGGUUUCAUAUGAACUUCUGUAACCAUUCUGAUUUUUGUAAAGACCUAUAUUGAUGUAUUCAAGAAUGUUUUGAAAUAAUCUUUGUUUAAUACUGCCAAAAUUAAUUAAAAUUCAUGUCAUUUUAUUCUGAAAAUUGAAUAAAUUUGAUGAUAUUUUAAUUUUUCUUGAGAAAUUUAGUCAAGGGCUUUCAUUGAAUUUGUAUUCUAAUACUGUUUCUAAUUUCAAGUGAGAUUUAAUCUGCCAAAUCUUUUCAAAAAUUAAUUAAUUAAGAAUAUGUUUGCACUGUAUAAGCACCGUAUAAGUAGCAAAUAAGCUGUAUUCAUAUUUGAUAUUGAAAUUAAUAAUGUUGGAUUGAAGUCAUACUUUAUGAUAAUAAAGUAAUUUAAUAUUGUAUAAGAUAAUCUUAGGCAAUUAAACUCCACCAAUAAUUGCCUAGUUUUUAUUUAUUUUUCAUGAAAAAAAUGGAACGAGACUGGAUACGGAGGUUAAAGUCCCAUUCACUUGAUUUAUCUAAGUUAAUCAGCUUUACAGUUACUUCUUGUGCAAAGCCAAGUUUACUUACAUUUUCCGCAAUCACAGAUUAGAAAACCAUUUCCUUGCCUAUACUUAAUGAAAUAGUAUGUUUACAUGUGAUAUGUUCAUAUUUGUUUUUAUUAUAGUUUGUGUAUCAUCUUUUGAGAGCUGAAGGAUUUUUGCAUAUCCAUAUAUCCAUAUCCAUAUUGUAAAUCCAUCAUUGUAGUGAUUUCCAUGGUGAUUAUUAUUAUUUUUAUUGUUUUAUGUACAUCACUACAUUUUGAUAUAUUUUGAAGGAUGAAUGUGCAGAGGAAAGGCAAAAAUUUCUAAAUCCACAGCAUGUACUUCAUUUCAUUCUUAAGGCUACAAGAUUGAACAAAAAAUUAAACUCUUUGAAUUGACGUUGUAUUGAAAAUUGAUCUUCGUAAUUAUGGCACUCAUUAUUCAACUGUUUCAUAAACAAAAUGAUAUGUCAUUGCGACCUUAUAGCUCUAAAAUGAGUCUAUAUGUUUUCAACUUUCAUUUGAUGGUUUAUAAGUUCCUUUUUGGAUUUGUACGAAAGGGAAGAAGGAUAUAUGUAGCAUUUGCUCAAAUAAUGGCAUGAAAUACUUGUGAAUGUGAAGAAAUUGUUGGAAGGUACAUUAUAGAUACACCCCAAGUCAACCAGACUUAUUGUAUUAUUUGCUUAAUGCUUGUUCGCUUUGAGGAAAGUGGCUUUAGUGUUUUACACAGUAAAAUGACAGUGCUUGUUUUGUUUGUUGUGAUGAAGUCAAGUGAUGGAUUAAAAUGGAAUAUAAAAUUAUGAGAUAUUGUAAUUGAAAUCUUGGAAUAUGAAAGCUAUGAGAUAUUGAAAUUGAACUCUUUUGGAAUAUAAAAUUAUGAGAUAUUGUAAUUGAACUCUUGGAAUAUGAAAGCUAUGAGAUAUUGAAAUUGAACUCUUUUGGAAUAUAAAGAUAUGAUAUAUUGAAAUUGAACUCUUUUUUUUUUUUUAAUGUGAAAGACUUUGAGAUAUUGAAAUAACACUCUGCCUAUGGUCAUUGAUUCUGUUCAUAUUUGAAUCAUUAGACAAUGGAUUAAAUAAUAUCCAGAUAUGGUUAUGUUGAGUGGUAUUCCAUCACGAUGUGAAUGAACAUGUGAAUUGAAAUCUGCCCACAAUCUUGGCUUGUGUUCACAUUGCCUUAUGAUGAAAUAAUUUUGUGUAUAAUUAGUGUUCACACUAUGAAUACUAGGUUAUGAGAUGUGGGAUGACUUUCAAAUGCUUGCCUUAAGAUCAAUACUUUUGUGUAUAUGGAUAUGGAUUAAAACUUUGUUUGUUGGAACCAAAAGGUCUUAACUCCUGAUAAUUUUGGAACCUAACUCCUGGUUCUGAACAGACUUGGAUUUUGCAAUUAUUGUGAAAUGGUUUUGGAAUUCAGGACUGAAUUCAUCCAGAUUGUAUUCAAGAUGAAAUCAUUAUGUCAUUCUCUUGCAAUUUAUAUUUCUGACUGGAAGAACUAAUUUAAUAACACUUAAAAGAAUGGACAUUCUGUGUCCACUGAUAUGUAUAUUUAGCAUGCAUUAUAAUGUGUAGAUUUUUUUGUGAAAAAGAAUUAGAAAUAUUUUGAAUGAGAAGUAGCCAAAUUUGAUUGGCAAUGUAUCUUUGUAGAAAGUAAAAAUGUUGUACAUAAUUCAUGGUACUUUGAUGAAUCGUUUUUCAUUUAGAACACUGCUUUGCAACACAGUAAUCAUGUAAGAAAAUUUCAGAGUAACUGUCUGUGUGGAUGACGGAUGGAUAGAAUAUGUAUUUGAUAUUCUCAAAGAAUAUUACUAGGUGAAGCUACAGCCAACUUGUCUUAGAAUUACAUUUUUGUUUAGACAUAAUUGUUUACAUGUCUUAAUUUUUGUUGUGAUUUCUUUUUAAAGUCAAUUCUUCAUUUGGGGGAUUUAUUUGGUAAGAUUCAACCGAUACUCUGCUUUGACCAAACAUUAGCAAGAAUAUGUUAUCAAUUUUAUCAACUAUUGGGUAUUUCUCUGUCAUUUCAUAAGAAGUUCAAGUAGUGGUUGAAUUCUUAUGAGAACAUCAUGGAUCUUUAAGACCACUGUAAUGAAAUAAAACUCAAUAUGUAUAGCGUCAUAAGAAUCAUGGAGGAAAUGCAAGAUUACAAAAGAACUCGCUAAAAGUAUUUUGAUUGAUUUUUUUCCACUAGUUUUGAAAUGAACACUUUUAAGUUCUAGAAUUCAUACACACAUUGUAUGCCCUUUGACUUGUUGGUUAUGACCUUUGACCUUAGUUUUCAUUGGAACAAACACUUAAAGAUCAGUGUAUGUGAUUGCAUCUAUCAUUUAAUUGUUUAGGUAUGAUGUUGCAAAGAUCAGCAAAAUUUGAUUAUUAUUCAGACAUUAGAUUAAUUGCACCACUUAUGCUAAUGAGCAUUUAUUUAGGAAUAUUGUUGCUCAUACGCAACAGACUGAGAAUGGGGGGGGGGUAUCAAUAGGGUUAUGUAAUGCACUGGUUUUGUCUUCGUCCUUUUCUUUUAAACCAAAGAUGUCACCAAAAAGGAAUAUGUAAUAUGUUGCACUUUUUUAUGCAGAUUUAUUUCAGUUGCGGCUGUCACAAAAUUUUAUUGAAAUAAAUAUUGUAUGCUUAGUUUAUUUCAAAACAAUGUCAUUUUGCUGGAUUAUUUUAGAUGCUUUUGGUAGUGUAAUGCAAUAUAAUUUUCAAUGUGUAUGCUGAAUUUGUGAAAUCUGUUUAUACUUGAAUCAGUUGCAUUUUGCUUUCUCUUUAUUAUUUUUUUUUACUUAAAAGUCAGUGUCUUUAAUAAGAAACACAUUUUGAUCUUGAGUUUGCCAAGCCUAAUUUGAGUUCUUCAGAAAAAUAAUGCUCUCAACUAGAGAAGUAUUGAAGAUUUGGGGGAAUUACAGGAUAGGUAUGUAAAUUUUUCUCUUUUUUUUUUUAAAUUGAGUCUGUAUAGGUUAGAGGUCAACAGAUGACCAGCCUGUGUGCAGUUGACUAUCUGUUGGUUCCUUUCUUUUCUGAUUUUUUUUUUGCUGCGAAUAAAUCGUGCUGACAGAGUGAA